AUGCCUCAUAAAGACCUUGUCUCUUGGUCAGCUGUGAUCUCUGCUUAUACACAGAGUGGCCAGUCGAAACAAGCGUUACUGCUCUUCAGAAAUACGCAGCUAUCUGGGUUGAAGCCGGAUGAGGUGAGCCUGGUUAAUUGGCGCACAGCAUGCACACUCUUGGGUGCACUAGAUUUAGGGAGAUGGUUGCACGCCUUAUCGGGAAGGAUUCGCUUUGAUCCUCUUAGUCUAGCCUGGGGGACAGCUCUAGUUGACAUGUAUGCUAAGCGUGGAUGCUUGCGUGCGGCUCUCCAAGUGUUUGAGAAGAUGCCCCGAAGAAAUGUGCUCACAUGGAGCUCCACAUUAUGUGGGCAAGCCAUGCACGAGCUCGGCAAAGAAGCCCUUGAUUUGUUUGAGAAAAUGAAAGCAAUUACGUGCUUGAGACCCAACGAAAUCACCUUUACAGGGGUGUUGAGUGCAUGUAGUCAUGCAGGCUUGGUGAUCAAAGGUUUACGUCACUUCCUCAGUAUGGAUGAGGAAUAUUGUGUGAAGCCUGGUAUCCAACACUUUGGCUGCAUGGUUGAGCUCUUAGGCCGAUCAGGCCUAUGA